AUGGACGGGCAAAAGCACCACGCCGACAGCCAGAAGCACAAUCGAAGGUACGUGCCAGGCAAUGCGUCGACCAAGAUGGGCUCCGGCGGAGACCAGGCCAGUCCGCCGGGCGCCAAGGCGGGCGCCGGCGGGGACCAGGCCAAUCAACCGGGAGGCACCAAGGCGGGCGCCGGCGGGGACUUUCCCAAUCUAGCAUGUCCCCCCAAGCCGGGCACCAGCGGCGACCAAGCCACCUCGCCAGGUGCCAAGCUGCGCGCCGGCGACCAAGCCAGCCCGUCAAGUACCAAGAUGCGCGCCGGCGACCAAGCCAGCCCGCCAAGUUCCAAGAUGCGCGCGGGCGACCAAGCCAGCCCAAGUACCAAGUUUCGCGCCGGCGACCAAGCCAGCCCGCCAAGUACCAAGUUUCGCGCCGGCGACCAAGCCAGCGCGCCAAGUACCAAGUUUCGCGCCGGCGACCAAGCCAAUCAAACAGGGCAAAUUGCUACAACGGACAGAUUAGAUCGUCUUUUAAGCCAACCAGCAAACAAAUGUUGUGCCGACUGUGGUGCUCCAGAUCCAAAAUGGGUAUCAUUAACUUUUGGCGCGUUCAUCUGUAUCAAGUGUUCUGGAGCUCAUAGAAGCCUCGGGGUGCACAUUUCUAAGGUAGUCUCAGUGAAGCUAGAUGAAUGGACAGAUGAACAAGUUGAUUUUUUGACCGACUCGGGCGGAAAUGGCGCAGUAAACAGUACAUAUGAGGCAUUUCUUGGAAAUUACACAAAGCCAAGGCAAGAUUGCUCAUCAGAUGACCGAAAUGAUUUUAUAAGGAGAAAAUAUGAGUUUCAACAGUUUUUGUCUAACCAACAGCUUUCAUGCUCUUCACAAAACAAUGGCAAACAUUGUUACCAGCAGCAGCAUGCUAGCUCAAAUCGACAUGGUUUAGGCCAUGCUUUCAGGAACAGCUGGAGGAGAAAAGAAGACAAAUCAGUAAAGAAACCUGCAGCUGUGGAGGUUGGUAUGGUAGAGUUUGUUGGAUUGAUUAAGGUCAACAUCAUAAGAGGCACAAAUCUAGCUAUUCGUGAUGUGAUGUCAAGCGACCCUUAUGUUAUCCUAAACCUAGGACACCAGUCGAUGAAAACGAAGGUCAUAAAGAGCAGCCUGAAUCCUGUAUGGAAUGAAAGACUUCUGCUAUCGAUACCCGAUCCGGUUCCACUGCUAAAAGUGCAAGUCUAUGACAAGGACACAUUUACCACUGACGACCGAAUGGGGGAGGCUGAGAUAAACAUUCAGCCACUGGUUGCUGCAGCCAGAGCCUAUGAAACCAAGUCCAUCACCGACAAUGCCGAGCUCAACAAAUGGAUGGCGAAAGACGGCAUCUGGGUCCCAAGGGACAGUGUCAUCUCCAUCAUCGACAACAAGGUUAAGCAGGAGGUGACUGUCAGGCUUCAGAACGUCGAGCGUGGCCACCUCGAGAUGGAGCUCGAGUGCGUCCCGCUCACGCAAUAG